AUGUCGGCUGUUUCGGGAUCUGGGUUUCAGGUCAGAGGCGGCGCCGGCGGUUUGACUAGAACCGCCUGCGCGCCGAGCCACCAGCUGAAUGCGGUGGCGGCUCUGGGUCGGAGGGUUCGGGCGUCCCGAGGAUUCGCCGUCAAGCAGCGGGGGGUUGACCUCGAGAGCAGGUUCGUCUCCGGCGGGAGGGUAUGCCGCGGAGCAUUAUCGGGAUUCGAGAGGCUGCAUCUGCGGCAGGAGGUUGGGUCGGGUCGGGCCUCAAAGAUGCGGAUCGUGGUGAAGAAUGCGCUGUCUCAGGUGCCUGAGAAGCCGCUCGGGCUCUACGAUCCAUCCUUUGACAGGGAUUCGUGUGGUGUUGGGUUCGUGGCGGAGCUUUCCGGUGAAAGCAGCCGUAAAACGGUGACGGAUGCUAUUGAAAUGUUGGUUCGAAUGACGCACAGAGGUGCUUGUGGCUGCGAGACGAAUACUGGAGAUGGAGCUGGAAUUCUUGUUGGGCUUCCACAUGAUUUUUACAGAGAGGCUACCAAAGAUGCUGGCUUUGAGCUUCCUGCACCUGGAGAAUAUGCAGUCGGCAUGUUUUUCCUGCCUACUUCUGACAGUCGCCGAGAGCAAAGUAAAGUUGUGUUUACAAAGGUCGCUGAGUCACUCGGCCACACGGUUCUUGGGUGGCGUUCUGUCCCAACAGAUCACUCGGGAUUGGGGAAUUCAGCUAUUCAGACAGAACCUGUAAUUGAACAAGUUUUUCUUACAGCCAGUCCCCAAUCGAAGGCUGAUUUUGAGCAACAAAUGUAUAUAUUAAGGAGGGUCUCAAUGGUAGCCAUACGAGCCGCCCUUAACCUUCAACAUGGUGGAACGAAGGACUUCUACAUUUGUUCUCUGUCAUCAAGGACUGUAGUCUACAAAGGUCAGUUGAAGCCCGACCAGUUGACGGGGUAUUACUAUGCGGAUCUUGGCAAUGAAAGGUUUUCGAGCUACAUGGCCCUGAUACACUCUCGAUUCUCGACAAAUACUUUUCCAAGCUGGGAUCGAGCUCAGCCUAUGCGCGUACUCGGGCACAAUGGAGAAAUAAACACGCUUAGAGGCAAUGUCAAUUGGAUGAGAGCACGUGAGGGUCUUUUGAAAUGCAAGGAGCUUGGCCUGUCAAAAACAGAAAUGAAGAAGCUCCUGCCAAUUGUGGAUGCCAGCUCAUCUGAUUCAGGUGCCUUUGAUGGUGUACUGGAGCUUUUGAUUAGAGCUGGUAGAAGUCUCCCCGAAGCUGUAAUGAUGAUGAUUCCAGAAGCCUGGCAAAACGACAAAAAUAUGGAUCCUGAAAGAAAAGCUCUGUACGAAUAUUUCUCGGGUCUAAUGGAACCUUGGGAUGGCCCUGCACUAAUAUCAUUUACUGAUGGGAGAUAUCUUGGGGCAACACUCGACCGAAAUGGGCUACGGCCGGGUCGCUUUUAUAUCACGCAUAGUGGCAGAGUCAUCAUGGCUAGUGAAGUUGGAGUUGUCGAUAUUCCUCCGGAGGACGUGUCGAGGAAAGGAAGGCUUAACCCUGGCAUGAUGCUUCUGGUGGACUUUGAAAACCAUGUUGUGGUUGAUGAUGAUGCCCUCAAGAAACAGUACUCACUUGCUCGACCUUACGGAGAGUGGCUAAAACGCCAGAAGCUACAGCUGCAGGACAUUGUCGAGUCCGUGCAGGAAUCCGAAAGGGUUCCUCCUCUCAUAUCUGGUGUUUUUCCGGCAUCUCCUGAUGACGAAAAUAUGGAGAACAUGGGAAUUCAUGGUUUGCUGUCCCCGCUAAAAGCGUUCGGCUACACCGUUGAAUCCCUUGAGAUGCUAUUGCUUCCCAUGGCAAAAGACGGAGUGGAGGCCCUUGGCUCGAUGGGAAAUGAUGCCCCGCUGGCAGUGAUGUCCGACCGGGAGAAGCUUACGUUUGAGUACUUCAAGCAGAUGUUUGCUCAGGUGACUAAUCCCCCGAUUGAUCCUAUCCGGGAAAAGAUAGUCACCUCCAUGGAAUGUAUGAUUGGUCCUGAAGGAGACAUCACUGAGACCACGGAGGAUCAGUGUCACCGGCUUUCGCUCAAGGGACCUCUGCUCUCCAUUCACGAGAUGGAGGCUGUGAAGAAGAUGAACUACAAAGGAUGGAGGAGUAAAGUCCUCGACAUAACCUUCUCCCGUGAACGUGGUAAGAAGGGCCUCGAGGAAACCUUAGACAGGAUAUGUGACGAGGCUCACAAUGCCAUCAAGGAAGGUUAUACUACUCUUGUGCUUUCAGAUAGAGGUUUCUCGCCAAAGCGUGUCCCUGUCAGCUCCCUCCUUGCGGUUGGUGCUGUUCACCAUCACUUGGUGCAGAAACUCGAGCGGACCCAAGUUGCGUUGAUAGUCGAGUCUGCCGAGCCACGCGAGGUCCAUCAUUUCUGCACGCUCGUCGGGUUUGGUGCAGAUGCUAUCUGCCCUUACCUGGCAGUUGAAGCCAUCUGGCGUCUCCAGGUGGAUGGCAAAAUCCCCCCGAAAGCCAAUGGUGAGUUCUACACAAAGGAGGAGCUAGUCAACAAGUACUUCACGGCCAGCAGCUAUGGCAUGAUGAAAGUGCUGGCCAAGAUGGGUAUAUCGACCCUGGCAUCGUACAAAGGCGCCCAGAUUUUUGAGGCCGUGGGGCUCUCAUCAGAGGUAAUGGAUCGCUGCUUUAAGGGGACUCCAAGUAGGGUAGAGGGUGCGACUUUCGAGGCCCUUGCACACGAUGCGCUCAAGCUCCACGAGCUGGCAUUCCCGAACCGUGCGCUUCCAGCUGGCAGUGCCGAGGCCGUUGCUCUCCCAAAUCCUGGGGACUAUCACUGGAGGAAAGGUGGUGAAGUCCACCUGAAUGACCCGCUCGCCAUUGCCAAGUUGCAGGAGGCAGCCAGGUCGAACAGCGUGGCUGCCUAUAAGGAAUACUCUAAGCGCGUGCAGGAGUUGAACAAAUCCUGUAAUUUGAGAGGUCUUUUGAAAUUUAAGGAGGCUGAGGUGAAAGUGCCGUUGGAUGAAGUCGAGUCGGCUAGUGAGAUCGUUAAGCGUUUCUGCACGGGUGCUAUGAGUUAUGGAUCGAUAUCGUUGGAGGCACAUACAACACUUGCUAUUGCAAUGAAUAAAAUUGGAGGGAAGUCUAAUACAGGUGAGGGAGGCGAACAGCCGUCUCGCAUGGAGUCUCUCGAGGAUGGCUCGAGAAAUCCCAAGAGGAGUGCUAUUAAGCAGGUAGCCAGUGGAAGAUUCGGAGUUUCUAGCUACUACCUUACGAAUGCAGAUGAGUUACAGAUAAAAAUGGCCCAGGGAGCAAAGCCUGGCGAAGGGGGUGAACUUCCCGGACACAAAGUCAUCGGCGACAUUGCCGUGACUAGGCAUUCCACUGCUGGUGUGGGCCUCAUCAGCCCUCCUCCCCAUCACGACAUUUACUCGAUCGAGGAUCUCGCUCAAUUGAUUCAUGACCUCAAGGUAAGUUUUCAAGAUUCUCCGAGUUUGUUCAAAAUAAGCCUCGGGGCCUUUCUGUGCCCAGGCAUCACCCUCGAGCUCGAGGGAGACAGCAAUGAUUACGUCGGAAAGGGACUUUCGGGCGGGAGGAUUGUCGUGUACCCGCCGAGGGGCAGCAGGUUCGACCCCAAGGACAAUAUCGUCAUUGGUAAUGUUGCGCUCUACGGGGCCACGAGCGGGGAGGCUUAUUUCAAUGGGAUGGCGGCCGAGAGGUUUGCCGUGAGGAACUCGGGCGCUAGGGCUGUUGUUGAAGGAGUUGGGGACCAUGGAUGCGAGUACAUGACGGGUGGGACCGUCGUCGUUUUGGGUCGGACGGGUAGGAAUUUCGCCGCGGGGAUGAGCGGGGGAAUAGCGUAUGUCCUCGAUGCCGACUCGACUUUCCGGUCGAGGUGCAAUGCGGAGCUGGUGGAUCUCGACCCGGUCGAGGAGGAAGAAGAUGUGUUGACACUCAGGAUGAUGAUACAGCAGCACCAGCGCCACACGGGCAGCCAGCUCGCGAAGAAUGUGCUCGCCGAUUUCGAUGUCCUCUUGCCAAUGUUCGUCAAGGUCUUCCCACGUGACUACAAGCAGGUUCUAGCAACCAACAAGGCGGAAGAGAUUCCGAGAGCAGCUUCUAAAGAGGCUGAGGUGCAAGAAGAGGAUAAAUUGAUGGGGAAAGAUGCUUUUGAGGAACUCAAGAAGCUGGCAGCUGCAUCAUUAGUCAACAAUGCAAACAAUAAUUCCAGUCAGGUUGAAGAAGAUAAAUCUUCAAAGAGACCGACCAGGGUUCCUGAUGCAAUCAAGCAUCGAGGUUUUGUUGCAUAUGAGCGAGAGAGCAUAUCAUAUAGGGAUCCCAAUGUUAGGAUGAACGAUUGGAAUGAGGUCAUGGAAGAGCUAAAGCCCGGGCCACUAUUGAAAACGCAAUCUGCUCGCUGUAUGGAUUGUGGUACUCCUUUUUGUCAUCAGGAGAACUCUGGAUGCCCUCUCGGGAAUAAAAUACCCGAAUUCAACGAGUUGGUGUACCAAAACCGGUGGCGUGAAGCACUCGACAGGCUUCUUGAGACCAAUAACUUCCCGGAGUUCACUGGCCGUGUGUGCCCUGCGCCUUGCGAAGGGUCUUGUGUACUCGGCAUCAUAGAAAACCCCGUUUCUAUCAAGAGUAUCGAGUGCUCGAUUAUCGAUAAAGCUUUUAAAGAGGGAUGGAUGGUCCCACGACCUCCCUCGAAGAGAACUGGAAAAAAAGUUGCUAUUGUGGGAAGCGGGCCGGCUGGUUUGGCUGCUGCCGAUCAGCUAAACAAGAUGGGUCACUCCGUGACGGUAUUCGAGCGAGCUGACCGAGUCGGUGGUCUGAUGAUGUAUGGAGUGCCGAACAUGAAAGCCGAUAAAAUUGAUAUUGUUCAAAGACGAGUCGAUCUCAUGAGAGAUGAGGGAGUCAACUUUGUGGUCAACGCUAAUGUCGGCAGAGAUCCCAUGUACUCGCUCGAUCGGCUCCGAAAGGAGCAUGAUGCAAUUGUCUUGGCUGUGGGGGCCACAAAACCAAGGGAUCUUCCUGUUCCCGGUCGAGACCUUUCUGGAGUCCAUUUCGCCAUGGAGUUUCUUCACGCGAACACGAAAAGCUUGCUCGAUAGCAAUCUUGAAGACGGCAAGUACAUUUCUGCUAAGGGUAAGAAAGUGGUGGUUAUCGGUGGAGGUGACACCGGGACUGACUGUAUCGGGACUUCCAUUAGACAUGGCUGCAAUAGCAUUGUAAACCUCGAGCUUCUCCCCGAGCCUCCGCGUACCCGUGCCCCAGGCAACCCUUGGCCUCAGUGGCCCCGAGUAUUCCGGGUGGAUUAUGGUCAUCAAGAAGCUUCCACCAAGUUUGGUAAAGAUCCGAGGACUUACGAAGUGCUGACGAAGCGUUUCAUAGGUGACGAGAAUGGAGUCGUGAAAGGACUCGAAAUUGUGCGUGUCAAAUGGGAGAAGGACGAAAGUGGAAAGUUUCAGUUCAAGGAAGUCGAAGGCUCGGAGGAGAUUAUCGGAGCUGAUUUAGUCUUGCUGGCCAUGGGAUUCCUCGGGCCUGAAGAGACUUUGGCUGAUAAAUUGGGACUUGAUCGAGACAAUCGGUCGAACUUCAAGGCUGAUUAUGGCCGUUUUUCAACGAAUGUCGAAGGUGUUUUUGCCGCUGGUGAUUGUCGGCGCGGGCAAUCAUUGGUGGUGUGGGCCAUUAACGAAGGUAGACAAGCUGCUGCACGAGUCGACAAGUAUCUCGUGAGAGAUGAAGAUGAUGAUGAAUGUACACUUGGCGAGCCCGAAGAAUUUGUGAAAACACGAGACAGCAACAGAGAACACACUGUAAGAACAUAG